AGUUUCAGCCGUCGGCUCGCACGGGACGGACGUGGCUCGCUGUGCUGUUUACCUGUUUCGACACGUCCCAUCCGCGUUUUAAAAGGACCUUAAUGAAAAAUUGAUGAAAACGCUCCUAACGACUCCUCAGAGGUGUCCCUGUGGUUUCUAAUUAAACUUUGUGCGCUAGGAUUUCAAAGAACAUGUAGCGAUGCCCGGUACAACCGUCAUAAUGUUGUGACAAUGAACACGGAUUAGUGUUGUGCGCGUGUCGAUAUCCGUGUCGAUAAAAUGGCCCGGUGGGUCCUGUUGUUGGUGCUGCCCGCGCUCGCGGCGGCACUGCAGCCGACCGACAGUGACACGUGUAACCCGGACAAGAUGACCGUGUACCGGAUGGUGCUGCACACGUACUGGACGAGGGAAAAGUUUCCGAAACAUUAUCCGGAUUGGCGGCCGCCGGCGCAGUGGUCGAGGGUUUAUGGCGUUUCCCACGACCGAUCGUACGUGUUGUUCCGCCUAGGCCGUCGGGUUUCGUCCCCAGUCCGGCAAUUCGCGGAAACCGGGCGAGCUGACGCGCUCGGUUCAGCGCCGGGCACUAUGGAUGUGUUCGGCGCGCCCGCCGUGAUGCAGGGCGCGGGCCGGACGGAGGCUGAAUUCUUUGUUGAUGGGAACCACUCAAGGGUAUCAGUAAUGGCGAGGAUGAUCCCCUCCCCCGACUGGUUCGUGGGGGUGGAUAGCUUCGACCUCUGUGUCGACGGCAAUUGGUUGGACAGCAUCACAAUAGAGGUGGACCCACUAGAUGCCGGCACAGACAACGGGUUCACGUUCACAGCACCCAACUGGCCGACGGCUCCUCAAGGAGUCGCUUACCGCAUCACCUCCAAGUAUCCUUCACAUCCGGCUGGCUCCUUCUUCUACCCGCACCUGAGGAGACUGCCACCCAUAGCCACUUUCCAGUUCAUAAAGUUGCGCGAAUACGAGCUGUCAGAGGUGUUCCACCGCGACAGCGACGACCGACGAUACGACGUGAUCCAGUUAGACAAGCUCAGUCACAACAGCAUUGACGUUCUUGACGGGAACAGAGCGUUGUCCAUAGCAGAGGAGGUCGAGAGAGAAGAACAGGCGCCUAGGAUUUAUUCAGAAGGCGCUAUGACGACACCAGAUGGAGCGUACUCCUAUUAUUUUCUGGUAAACACCACAACAAGUACAACGGAAGAACCGCGCUCAGCCAACGAGUUGCCCACAUCAGGCCCGACCGCCAGCAAAAGAUCGGCUCUCCGCAGUCUAGCGCGCCGGUACCGAGCGCGGCGGCGGCGCAAGCUGCGCGCCGACAACGCCGACCCGGCUGAGCGGAGGAAGCGAAAAAGAGCUAAACUGCUUGACUGCCGGGUGUCGGACUGGGGCGAGUGGAGCACUUGCCGCACGGACGGCGGCUGCGUGGGCUCGGCGCACCGCACGCGCCGCGUGCUGCGCCGCCAGCGACCCGGCGGAGCGCCCUGCCCGCCCACCGCGCAGUCCCGGUGGUGUUUCACCAACUGCACCAACACUGACGACUGGCGGAACAAUCUCACGUAAUUCCGUUUGUUUUGAUGGAUAUCUUCUAUUAAUUUAGGGGCGUCUAAUGAUUGUAACGGCCCGUGGUAGAUUUUUUUAGAGACAAACUAUGAAUGCAACUUAACUUAAACCGUAUACAUAUAAACACAGUCGCACAUAUGCAACGCGGUUUAUUAUAGUAUAACAUGAAUACAUACCAUUAUAUUCGGUUGUGUUGCACGUAUGUACGUGGGUGAGGCGUGACAUGCAUAUAACGAUUUUAGCCGCAGCGCCGUCUAGACAUCCUUAGACAUAUUGCUGCAGUCAGCGCCCACAUCAAUACUAUCACUAUAAUAAUACAAGUAUUAGCUUUUUAAGAUGUUAGUCUCUAAAAAUUAUCUGUCUUGCGGUGCUGUAGACGUCGCUCUUUUUGGCAAAUAUAAUGCUAAAAAUACUUGAUAGAUUAAAGUUUAAUACCAGUUCUUUGAGACCUUAUAUAAGUAAUAUUCUUUCUAAUAAAAAUACCUGGAUUAUAAGUACCUAUGUUAUUCAAACUUUCCCUGUUUGUAAGUACCUAUUUAUUUUUUACGUCUGUGUCUGUCCGUCCAAAGAGAUGUUUCUUCUAUUAAGUUUCACUUCCUAAUUCAUUCGAUUUUCACUUCAAUGUAAAUUCGAAAGGUGUAAAAAUAAAUUAAUAAUAACAUGUAUUGUAUAAAAUACUUAGUAAGAGACUGUCGAUGUUCGAAAUUAGAUAGAGGUGUCAUUUUUUUCGCUGUACUUACAUAAGCUUCUUAUAAAUCAUUUUCAUUUAUUUGUCAAUUAUUGUUAGGAUAAGUGAAGUUAAGAUUAAGCAGAGUCAGAAAUAAGUUUCUCUUAAGUUUCAGAAAAUAUAUUAUCAUAACAAUGAUUUCAUAUAGGAUAUCCUUUAAUCUAUUUAUAUCUGGAUAUGUUCAUUCUCUACAUACAUUACGUACCUACAUUUUCAGCUCUAGUACAAAAUAAUAUCGUGUCUUAUGCUAGACUAUAUGAAUAAACUUAAACCAUUUUUUAGUUCAUUCUGUCUUUAGCUGUAACUAUUUCAUAUUUUUAUUAAGAUUUCCUGACAAUAUACACUGGGGGUUAAAUAAUAAAAUAAACAUAUCGUUUACUUAAGUGUUUCACUCGUGACAUUAACUCAAUAAAUAUGAUAGUGAUCUACUGGGUUCAGGGAAGGGAAAUAGCUCCAAAGAUGCAGCUUUUAUUUAAUUAUAAUUAAUUAAAGAUAUUGACGUUUCUUGCACUGACUCAUUUUAUAAAAUAUAAUAAAAAACUUUGAAGUCCCAAACGUACUAACUUUAGAAUUCUAUCCAAGGUUAAAUGAUGAAAAUUUUAAUUGAGAAAGAAUCUUUUGACACUUGACGUUAAUUUCCGAGUAGUUUUUUUUUUAAUUGUUAAUAAUAUCACAGAUGGUUUGGUGCAAGCGUCAAUGAUAUUUAGUUAAGCCUGUACUUAGAUUAAUAUAUGUAUAGAUCAGCAAUGCCUUUUGCGGGGUUCUCUAUUUUGGUACCUUUAAAAUCUAUGUCUGUUUUUGUAAAUUGCACCUUUUGCAAAGCAUGCUUUAAAUUAAAUAUUGAGAAUCCAUUAUUUUAAUGUUAGAUCAUAUCCAAUAAAUCGAUUCCAAAACAGCGUAGUCGCUUUCAAAUGCCAAAGAAAUAUCUAGGCUUAAUUCGGGAGAAACUUUUGGUUGAAGUCAACUCACAUAUUUCGAUUUCAUCCGUGCAAAUGUUUCCAAUGUAUCCGGGCAACUACUGAUAAAGUUUUCGAGAAUCUAAUCCAUCUCGACCAUGAAUGAUAAAUAUGACUUGUUUGUUCGAGCAUCCUGAGUAAUAGCUGACUGCCGUUUCUUGAAUAAAAACAUAAAAAUAAACGAAGUGACAUAGAAUACUUCGUUCAUAUUUUAAAAGAUGCUGGACUUAAAAAACAAAAACAAUUUAAAUUAAACAUGUCAGCAAUUCUAAAAAAAACCGGGUAAGUGCGAGUCGGACUCGCGCACGAAGGGUUCCGUACCAUGAUGCAAAAAAAAACAAAAAAAAGCAAAAAGAAAACGGUCACCCAUCCAAGUACUGACCCCUCCCGACGUUGCUUAACUUUGGUCAAAAAUCACGUUUGUUGUAUGGGAGCCCCAUUUAAAUCUUUAUUUUAUUCUGUUUUUAGUAUUUGUUGUUAUAGCGGCAACAGAAAUACAUCAUCUGUGAAAAUUUCAACUGUCUAGCUAUCACGGUUCGUGAGAUACAGCCUGGUGACAGACGGACGGACGGACGGACGGACGGACGGACGGACGGACGGGCGGACAGCGAAGUCUUAGUAAUAGGGUCCCGUUUUACCCUUUGGGUACGGAACCCUAAAAAAAGCGAUGGCUACUACCGUAACUUCUUAUAAAUUGUCUAUAAAAAGUCGUGGUAAAUAGAUGUACAUGGUAAUAAUAAUUUAUGUUUUAAUUGCAAAGUUUUGGGAGAUAUCAUACUUGUACUGCACUCAAACGUGGUUUUCGCCCAGGGAUUAACGUAAGUCUGGUAAAUUCAUGACGCCCAUACGCACAUAUCAGAUCAUAGGAUUAAAAUGGAUAGAGCUGUGGCUGAAUCCAUGUUUGAAUUAGGCGUAAAUUUGACGUUUUGCGUAUUUGUUUUAUAUUGGUUCUGUUCUUACGGCAAAUAUUAAAACAAUCAUGGUCGAAGAAAUGAAAUAUCAGUUUCAACUUUUCAUGACCGAGUUAUCUUCCAUUGCUGUGGAAUGUAGAUGAUGGGUAAUUCACGCUAGAACGGUCCAGGUACGGGUCGAGGCUUUUGACACUUCGUUUUCUAUGAAGUGUCAGACGCCUCUGGGCUAUAACCGAGAAAAUCGAAGUUCGCAAAUUGCGGGCAUUUUUCUCUGUCACUCUAAUUACGCCUUCUUUGGAGUAAAAGAGAUUCUCCGCAAUUAGCGAAUUUCGGUUUUGGCGGUAGCCCCUCUGCUUGGAAUAUUCUAGAACGAGUCAUUCUUUUUUAACCACGUCACAACAUGCAGUUACUGCAAUCCAUACAUUUCGAGCUCCGCAACGCGACAAUGAGAGCGGUUUUUUACGCUUGCGUUAUAUUUCACUUCGGCUUAGGACAAUACUUUAGCACGAAGUCACGAAUAUGUGAGUUGAUAUACAAUUCUAGUUUAGAAAAUACUCAAAAAUACCUUGUAAUGUCAAAGAAUUCUAGAUUAUUCAGAAAUGAGAUUUAAGCUAUAGUGAAGAUUGUAAAAUAGAGCCAAAAAUUAAAGCUAAACUGUUAACCUUAGUGUAAUAACUAUUGGAGUCCGUGUAUUUUUUACAAUGUAAAUUAUUCUCAUUUCAAUAAUAAAAUCUUAAAUAACA